CAGAAGUCCUUUAAAGGCCUGCUGACACAACUUAACUUUACGCUCAAGUUAGCAGGCAUGUCGUCGCUUCGGAGAAACUUGCAUUUGAGUCGUACCAUUACCGCUGCAGCAGCGGACUUUUUCGCCUUGCAGCCACGACAGACUUUGGCUCUUUGCAGCGACAGACGAGGCCUUUGCAUAAAUCCGAACAGACAAUGCUCAGGGAAACGCUACAAUGUACCACCGAGCGCCGAGUUUGUUGCCAGGGUGGCCGGGAUCCCCACCAUGGCCAAAUUACCUUACCAGGACACCGCAGAAGGGCUUGAUGCAGCGUUUGUUGGCGUCCCAAUUGAUACCGGGACCUCGAACCGACCUGGCGCAAGGUUUGGCCCACGACAGAUCAGAGUUGAGUCGGCCAUGCUGAGGGCUUACAACAGUGGCACCAGGGCAGCACCUUAUGAGUCCCUCGUGGUUGCUGAUAUUGGGGAUGUGAACGUUAAUGUGUAUGACCUGAAAGACACUUGCAAACGCAUCAGGGAGGCCUACAGAAAGAUCCUGGCCACUGGCUGCAUCCCGCUAACUAUGGGUGGCGAUCACACUAUUGCUUACCCAAUCCUGCAAGCCGUUGCUGAGAAGCAUGGCCCAGUGGGUUUGAUCCAUGUGGAUGCUCAUGCUGACACCAGUGAUGUGGUAUUGGGGGAGAAAAUAGGCCACGGGACUCCAUUCAGACGAUGUGUGGAGGAAGGAUUACUGGACUGCAAGAGAGUGGUCCAGAUUGGCCUUCGGGGUUCAGGCUAUUCUGCCGACUCAUAUGAAUGGAGUCGGGCACAGGGCUUCCGUGUUGUGCAAGUGGAAGAGUGUUGGUUCAAAUCUCUUGCGCCUUUAAUGGAUGAGGUCAGGAAUCAGAUGGGCAAAGGUCCAGUAUACCUCAGUUUUGACAUUGAUGCUCUUGACCCUGGCUUUGCUCCUGGAACAGGCACACCUGAGAUAGCAGGGCUCACUCCCAUACAGGGAGUUGAGAUUAUUCGGGGAUGCCAUGGUCUGAACCUUGUUGGAUGUGAUCUAGUGGAGGUGUCACCACCCUACGACACCACAGGAAACACUGCAUUGACUGGGGCCAACCUCCUCUUUGAAAUGUUAUGUGUUCUCCCAAAAAUUAAGUACUAUUGAUAAAUACUGAGAGCAUAGAAGAGAAUAAAAUGUGUAGUUUUGGAAAAACUCGGACAAUCAAAUUUUGGUACAGUCAUGCUUUGCACUCUUGAAUGACACUAAAAUAUCUGAGGGUAAUUACUGUCUUAUAAAUUGCGAACAAAAUGAUGAGUAUGCCGCAGUGGACACAAGUUUUGAUUCUGUAAGUAUUGGCUUCAUUAGGAAAUCCUGCACUCAUUCAACAGUGCAGUGCUGCAGAUGAGUUUUAAGACCAUGACAACUUAAGUGUAGUGCUGUUUGGGUGUACAGAAAUGUGAAAUUCAGUAUUCACCAAUGUGCAUUUAAGGCAAGAAAGACAAACCGGUCAGUGAUUUAAACUAACUGCUGCUUUUAGUAAAUACGUAAGGAAAUAUUAUUUUUGAAGUGUCUUUAUUUACCUUGACUGCUGAAAACAAGUUUCUUCCUUCUGAUAUCACAAUCCAGUCAUAGUGCCUGGCACUCUUGCAUUGUUUAUGCUGUUGUACAAACUCAGUAUAUACUGCGCAGGAGCAUUUCAUUUCUUAAAAGGCUUUUAUUUCAACCUUUCAGAAAAAUGUUACAUGUCUAUGGUUUCAAAAUUCACGAUAUGAAAACUGGUUACUAAUUCAUGUUUUUUCUAAUGCUUGAAAUGUGUGUUCUCCAGGUGUUAACACAAAUAUCAUCCUGGCACACUUUGGGCCCUGUAGUGCCAACUGAGCAUUGUUUAAAUGGCCCAGCAUACCUGACUAUUGUUGCUGUCCAUCAUUUUAUCACCAGUGUGCACAUCUUCUGAUGACUGCUGCAAGAAGGAUGGCUCAAAAUGCCACAAAACUCAAAUCAUCCUAAUCUAGUUCCUUGAACAGAACGCGACCUUCACGAAGUCUAUUGUAACUAUUGCAAAUGACCACUUUAAAAAUGUCAAAGUCUGGCUUAGAUGCAAAAUAUGAAAGAAGGAGGGAUGACUCAAGGCUUGCACAGUACUGUAUUUUAUUAGCAUUAUAUAACAGCAGCUAUUAUAAGAGAGAAUUGUACUUUUUCUGAAAUGUAGGCCUUGGACACCUUUAUAUAACUCAAAAAAAUACAAUAUU